CACGCCAACGAACAACGACCAUGGCCACCGGCACGUCCAACUCGUCGUCUUUGUAUGUGCGCAAGAACGGGUUCUGGUACGAGGACGGAGACGCAGACAUUGCCGAGCUGGGCGCGUCUGACUUGGGCUCGGCGGCUCGGAGGGCAGCGGGCGAACAUAGGGACGGCAGCGAUGGCGAAAAGAGUGGUGGCGGGGGAAGUGGUGGGGACAUACUCUCCAAGCUCAAGAGAAGGUCAAAGAGGCGGUCGCGGUCGGCAUCGGCAAGCUCGACAGGCGUAUACGCGUUGGAGGAUCCCAACUUUGACAUUACCUGGUAUGCAAAGUACUUUGUGGGCGCAGAGCACACCAACUAUGUGGCAGACGCAGACGCAGAGUACGGCAACGUGGUUGUGUCAACGCUCCGGAUCUCGGAUGCUCAUGAUCCACACUACCGGGUCAUUGUCAUCACAAAGUACAACACCGAUCGCCACCUGGUGCCCAAUCCCAAGAACAAGAAGCUCCCGCUUAAGGAUCUGCUUGGCGCUGUCCGCAAGGGCUACACUCGGCUGGCCAAGAAGCUCAAGAAGGUCUCGAACUUGGCCAUGCAGAAGGACAUUCUCAAGAUCGAGGACAUGGAGUCGAUCGACAAGUACAAGUUUGGCGUCCUCCUUGUCAAGCCUGGACAGACCAACGAGGCCGACAUGUUUGGCAACGAGCAUCCGAGCCCAGCCUUUACCGAGUUCCUGCAGUGCCUCGGCGACGAAAUCACCCUCGCGGGGUGGGACGGCUACCGCGCCGGGCUCGACACCAAGUACGGCAACACCGGCGAGACUUCGUACUACACCGAGAUCCACGGGUGCAAGGUCAUGUUCCACGUCUCGACCUGCCUCCCCUUUACUCCGGGCGAGGGUGCCGAGAUGACGCAGCAGCUCCAGCGGAAGCGGCACAUCGGCAACGACGUUGUCGUCAUCGUCUUUAUUGACGCCGACGAGGACUCGGGCACCGCCUUUGACACCGAGUGCAUCUCGUCGCAGUUCAACCACGUGUGGGCCAUUGUCCAGCCGACAAACAAGGCGUCGCGGCAGACGCAGUACAAGGUCGCCGUCGCCGCCAACGAGGCUGUCAAGUACUUUAUGCCCAUCCUCCCGCAGCCGCCGGUCUUUACCCACGGGGCAAACUUCCGCGAGUGGCUCCUCACCAAGAUGAUCAACGGCGAGCGGAGCGCCAUGCACUCGGAGGCCUUUGUCAAGCUCUCGGAGCGGACCAAGGAGCUCAUGCUCGGCGACAUCGUCUCCACCUACAUGGGCGCCCGCGUCACCAACCAGGCCAAGGAGCAGGCGCUUCGCAAGCAGAUCGAAGCCAUGGUGAGCGGCAAGGCGAGUGGGAAGCCCAAGCAGAGCGUCAACAUCUUUGACGCUGCCCCUGUCGGCUCGUCGUUCCCCGGCGAGAUCCGCGCCCUCGGCUUUUAUGGCGAGUCCAUCGUCUACGGCACCGACGCUGGCCUCUUUGUCCGCACACCGGGCGCGUCCGCAGAUGCCCCCCUCUCCGACGCCGGCCCCGUCCAUGAGCUCGUUGUCGUCUCGGACAUUGCCGUCGCCGUUGCCGUUCUCGGCAAAAAGCGCCAGACGUACGUGUUCUCGCUCGCCUCGGCCACCGCCGGACUCUCCUCCAGCGGGACGCUCCUCACCGCGCCGGCCAUGAAAAAGGCCACCCUUCUCGCCUACGGCACCUACUCGACCACCCCACUCCUCGCCGUCGCCUGCUCCAGCGCCGUCUUUGUCUUUCAGUGGUCCGGCUCCGGCUUUGUCCUCACCCAGUCGCACACUCUCCCCACCACUGUCACCGUGCUCAAGUUCUUCAAGUCGUUCCUCGUCAUCGGCUUUGGCCACGCCUUUGAGGUCAUCGACCUCGAGACCUCGAGCAUCUCGCCGCUCCGCGCUUCGGACGACAAGCUCUCUCCUGUCGCUGUCUGUGUUGUCGACGCCCAGCUCAUGCUCGUCUUUGCUGACGAGGGCGUGUUUGUCAACGUGAAGGGCGUGACCACUCAGGACUUUGCCCUCAAGUGGACCACCCUCCCCACCGCAACAUGCUUCAUUGACCCGUACAUUCUCUCCUUCACCCGCAACUUUGUCGAGAUCCGCACAAAGGUCACCGGCCGCCUCGUCCAGACCAUGCAGAUCAACGACUGCGCUUUCCACUCGGUCCACCGCAACGCCGCAGGCUCGCGCGCCGCCGUCGUUACCUCCUACGACCCCACUUCUGACGCCACCUCGCUCCUCCUCCUCUCGCUGGCAAACCACACCUCGGUUGGCGCUGGCCUUGCCGUCCUCUCUGACUCGGUCGCCUCCAUCAUGGCCUCGGUCGCCUCGCUCCCACUCCCGGCACACUCGGCCCUCGAUGGCCUUCCCGCUGCAGAAGCGCCGGCGCCGUCGGUCUUUGCCCCCGCGCCGCCACUCCCUCUCGCCCCCCCGCUCGCCGCGGCCCGCAAGGCUGCGCUUGGCUCUUCAGCCGCCGCCGGCUCGUCCGGUCUCGAACUCGCUGACGGCAUGACCGAUGCUGACGCCGAGUGGGUGGCCCAGCUGCAGGAGAGCCUGCUCCAGGCUUCGGCCUGAUCAGCCCCCCCCCCCCUCCCCCCCAUUCUCAUUGAAGCCGUGUUCUUUUACC